UUGUAUUCUUUGGAUACCUUGACGCAGUUUUGUAGUGGUCCUUGAUUGAUGGAUGUGUAUGUUUUAAAUUCGUUAGAGAAACUCAAAAUAGGGUAGUACCCUAAAAAAAAAAUAGAGAAAUAUAAAUAUUUAAUGGUUCUAUGUGACAAAUUAGAGUGGAGUGUGAGACAAAUCGCACGUAAAUGGUAAUGGAAAAAUACGAUGACACCAACUGGCUUGAUCGGAGCCCUGGCCAAGAAGAAGAGAAAAAGACACAUGCGCAGAAACUAGAAAAGAAAAAUAACAUUUUACCAUUGUGGGGGAAUGAGCGGACCAUGAAUCUUAACCCAUUGAUUUUGACAAACAUCCAGUCAUCUCAUUACUUCAAGGUCAAUCUAUAUGAACUCAAAACAUAUCAUGAGGUCAUUGAUGAAAUUUAUUACAAGGUUACCCAUCUAGCAUGGGAGAAAGGUAGCAGGAAAACAGCUGGCCAGACUGGAAUGUGUGGCGGAGUUCGUGGAGUUGGUGCAGGUGGUAUUGUCUCAACAGCUUAUUGUUUGCUAUAUAAGCUGUUUACGCUAAAGUUAACAAGGAAACAAGUGAAUGGUCUCUUAACCCAUCCAGAUUCACCUUAUAUUCGAGGCCUGGGGUUUAUGUACAUAAGGUAUACUCAGCCUCCACAAGAUUUGUGGGACUGGUAUGACCCUUAUUUGGAAGAUCCAGAGGAAAUGGAUGUCAAAGCUGGUGGUGGCCAAGUUAUGACUAUUGGUGACAUGCUGAGAGCAUUCCUGACAAAACUGGAGUGGUUUUCAACCCUUUUUCCUAGAAUACCUGUACCUAUUCAGCAAAAACUUGAAAAAAAGAUGUUAGAAAGAUUUCCUCCUGUAGUAUCACCCUCACGGCCACUGAAGCAAUCACUACCACCACUGCAGUCAAGCAAAGAGGCAAGACAUAUCCCUGAUGAUGAAGUGUCUUUUGGGGAAGCAGAACGAUUUUCAAGGCUCAGGAGGACGGAUGCACCUCCACCAAGAGAGAGGCGGCAAUCACCAGAUAGAGCCAGAAGCAAAGAAAGGGAGAGAGAUAGGAGAAGAGCUUACAGUUCUGAGAGGCGAAAUAGCAGAGAAAAACAUCACAGAAAUAGCAGAGAAAGGAGAAGCUCGUACAGCCGUGAGAGGAGUCCUUUGCGCCAUCGAGAAAGAACACAUGUACAUAGAACAAAAAAUGGCAGGGAAACCCCUGUUCGUCGAAGCUCACCUGACGAUUUUGCUGCAGAGCUCAGAAGAGAAAAGGAACGUCAGAAACGGGAGAGAGAAAAAGAGAGGGAAAGGGAAAGAGAACGGGAUAAAGAAAAAGACCGACACAGAGAUAAAGACAGGGAUCGAGAACGGGAUAGGGAAAGAGACAGAGAAAAAUUGAGGGAAAGGGACCGUUCUCGUGACAGGGCUCAUGAACGCUCUAGGGUCUGGGACAGAGAGGAUUCCCGAGACAAAGAUCGCAGUCGAGAUAAGGAUAAAGACUUGGAUCGUGCUUAUGACAAAGAGAGGGAUUAUUCUCGAGAAACACGCCAUAAAAGGAAACGGAGCUGAAAUUUGCAGACACUUUGUAUUAUUGAGUGUGUGUCUGAGAGAGAGAGAGAGAGAGAGAGAGAGAGAGAGAGAGAGAGAACUGUAUGCAGUCUCCGCUCUACAGAACUUACAGAUUUUGAUAUUGUGAGCUGUAUGACUGCUGUAUAGGUGGCUGCAUUUGCUGUAACUUCUAAUUUGUGAGAAGUUGAUACAAAGAUCAUUUAAAUUAAAACUGGGAACAAUAUAAUUUGAUAGAUUAAAUAUCUCAAAUCAUUACAAGAAAUGCAAGAACUAUUUUUGAUCAUCAAAAAUUUCAGCUUUUAUUUUGAAACAAAGGAAAUUUGUUUUGACCUUUAUUUCAAGAGUGGUUCUGGAAUUGUUAAAAGAUGGCAUAGUGUGAGAAUUUUUGUAAAGAAAUAUUAACUGAAUUAUUAAAAAUGUGAGACUGUGUGUUAGCCAUGUGUGAGCCUAUGAAAGCAGUUCAUUGCAUAUCACUUUCAAGUAGUGUGUUUUAUUUGUUUGACUAUAGAAUUAAGUCUACAGAAAUGUAAUUUACUUGUAGAUAAAAGUAUACCCCAAACAUGUUUCCUCACUAAAACUUGGUCAAAUUUGUGCCUAAUUUUUCACUUUCUACCAGUAGAGUUUGUGGAGAUAACUGUUAAGGUUGCCUGAUAUUUACUGGUUUGAAAUGCUUUUACUUCAAGCACGUCAAAACAAUACUGUUUGUGCAGUAAGGAUAGUAGUUGUAGUCACUGGCCUCAAACUGAUAUGAGGUCUGUCACACACAGGUCCCAUCCUAGAUAACAGUCCAUAAUUGUUACGAGUGAAGAUCACAGAAUGUGAGCCUGAAUGAAAACACUAAUGCCAUAUCGGUACCAGUCAAAAUAUUAUCUUAACUGUGUGUUUGAGCUGAAGUGCUAAGACGUCAAUGAUCUAUCAUUACAAAGUAAUCAGAAAUGCCUUGAUUACAAACGACAGCUCAGUACAAAUCAGAUUUAAUAUCAGUUACCACAAUUCGUUCGGCUAAAUCAAAGAUUGACUCAUCCAGUGUUGAAUAACAGUCUUGACAUUGUUCCAGUGCUUCACAUAAUGAUAUUUUGUAUUUAACAAGAUAUGAACUUUUUGUUGAUACGUUCCCCCCCCUUUCACCCCUCCCCCCACUGGAUUUCACACCCACAUCAAAAAUGGAUUUUUGAUACUGAUUAUAAUAAACUCACUCCCAUUUGUAACCUUACUGUAACUGCAUUUUAUAGUUAUGGUAAUUUUUCUGGCUGUCAACAAGUAUACCAUAGUAAAUAUAUUGUUACAUAUUGUUUUUCACAAAGUAUAGUGAAAUAUUUUAAGUUUUGAUUUUUUACAAAAUGGGACACACAUCAUCUUCUGUGAAUCAUGGCUUUUGAAUUGUCAUAUAUCUUUUAUAAAUAUCAUGUAUCAUUUGUCAGUGCUCCUUUGAAUCUUUUAGUUCAUGUGUAUUGUGGAUGGUGCAACUCAGUUUUUCACAACAAACUAUUCCUAUUUUUUUAAUUGUGUAAUUUUCAUUCUUUCUCAUAUGCAUGUUGGAUUAUGGCUCACCUCCUCCCUCUCUUCUGUUUUUGCAGUAUUAAUUUUUCAUCUAAAUUUUAACAAUGCUGUGUGGUUUUUUACAUCUUUUUUUUCUUUUCUUUCUGAGUAACAGUUUUCAUAAGUUUUGUGCAAACAAUAAUAAUAAUAAUAAAAUUAAUUUUUCAUCUAAAUUUUAACAAUGCUGUGUGGUUUUUUACAUCUUUUUUUUUCUUUUCUUUCUGAGUAACAGUUUUCAUAUGUUUUGUGCAAACAAUAAUAAUAAUAAUAAUAAUAAUAAUAAUAAUUGCUCUAAUUUAAAAGAAUAAAAAAAUUAACUACAUAUAUACAAAUAUUUGUAUUGAGACAUGUAUGCUCAGCAUGAGAAAUGUUUAAAUCAAAAUUACAAGUACCGUAUAAAUACUCAGUAUUGCUUCAAAUUUACUGCUAGAAAUAGCAAAACAGCUACCUCCUUAGCCUCAGGGGAUCUUCUUUCCACAGAAGAAGGUGAAAAGAAGUACUCCAAGAAACCUAAUAUCAGCAAGAAUAUGAAUACUGUGUAUGAAAACCCAUAUUAUAUGAACAAACAAAACCACUCACAAUAAAUCUGUUACCCUUUAUUGAAUGUGAAAGUUGGUAUAAUGCACCUAAUACCCUUGUUAAAGUUCAAAAAGUGCUUGAGGACUCGUUUGUCAUUUUGAAUUUGAAUGAAAUAUAUGCAAUCAGAAUAAUUUGCCAGAUUUGGGUGUGCAAUCACUGUCUUUGCACCUUGCAAGCCAUUGUAUUGUACUGUAUGUUAACCGAGGACCUAGAAACGACGGAGACGCUCCAUUCCUGCCGCAGCCGCAGUGGUCCACAACCCCACGACGACUUCCGCAGUCCACUCCACCCCUCCGCCGCCCCUCACCGAACUCAGGGUUAUUGUGCAGUUCAGCCCACGGUGGACCCCCCAGGGAAUGUUUCGCACCAAACGAGUGUAACCCCUAUGUUUGCGUGGUAGAGUAAUGGCGGUGUACACGUAUGUGGAGAACUUGUUUGUACAGCAAUCGCCGACAUAGUGUAACUGAGGUGGAAUAAGGGGAAUCAGCCCGCAUUUGCUGAGGCAGAUGGAAAACCGCCUAAAAACCAUCCACAGACCUCGGCGCACAUCCACCGGGCGGAUUUGUGCCGGGGAGCAGGCACUCCUUCCUGUCCAGAAUUGCAAGCCGUGAUAACCUUUUUUUUCCUCUGGAAUAUUUUUGGUUAAAUAUCCCUUUUAUAGAAAUGGAGGUGUAGCAAAGUGGUGCAUGGCUUUUAGGUAACAACAGGAGUGAACUACACGCUACUGUUCUGGCAGUGGUAUAAAAGAAAUGUGACGUUUUGUGAGUACAAUAACACUCAGUACGAUGUUUAAAGACAUGCUUCUUUGGUUUUAAUUUGAAUGAUCUUUGUACUGAUAUAAAACAAAGUAUUUUACUGUAGAAUAUUUUAAUUGCAGUGAUGAAGUAGUAUUGAUUAAUCAAAUAAUUAUAUAUAAACAUGAAAUGUUGUUGAAGUAAACAAUUGUUAAGGUAUCACAGAAAAUGUCGAGAAGUGUGUGCAUAUUCACCUGUUCGUGUGACUGAAUGUGUUUUUUCCCUUACCUAUUAUUUAUGUCAACUUUAUUGUCAGAAUGUUAAAUGUAGUUAAAUUCUAACAGUACAUUAUAUACCUGUCAUGUAUCCUCCAAUUUCUUUGAACUCCAACUUAUGCACUCUAAUGCCUUUUCAGUAUCACCAGAACACAUUUUCCUUACUAGAUAAUAAAAAGAAUCUGGGGUACAUAAGCACAAAUGGAAAAUUAAUGUUUUAUUGUGUUUGAGAUUUGGUUGGCUUUUGCUAUUUGUAUUGCCAGGUUGUCUACUUUGACACUGAAAGUAUUUGUUUUGUCAAAAAGAAACCUGAUAAAUAAUUAGAAAUUUACUAAGCAUGUUGGAAAUAAUGUCAUGAAAUUACUACAUCCUGUGUCCAGGAGUACAUCAGUAGUUUGACAACAGUUUGAGGGCAUGGAGAAUCUCUCUGAAUAACAGACUGACGACUGGAAUCAGUCAGAAUUGUUAUGUACUAUCUGCGUCUCUCUCUCUCUCUCUCUCUCUCUCUCUCUCUCUCUCUCUCUCUCUCUCUCUCUGAACUGUGCUUAUUUAUGAUUUCUACGUGAAAAAAGGUGGUGAAUAGUUUAGAACAGACAGCUUUCUUACUGAUUGAACAUCUGUUUUACAAUAAGUUCCACUGGAAACUUAUUUUGUUUGUGUAUCACUAGUAGUAUUUGUAUGCUGUUUUUGUUAUAUGCAGCUUUUUGCUGGCAUUUGCAUUUUUAUUACUGAAAUUCAUCUUUAUUUGUUACUUCUCCUAAACACCACAAUAAAUAGUGUAUAGUGAAUAUUUUUAUUAAAUCAUAUACAGUGUUGUGUGGAUUUUAUUUUCAUUCAUUUUGUAAUAGCUCUGAAAAGUUAGUACUUCAUUUUUAGUAUGUUGGUGUAAGACAUAAAGAUGUACUCUUAAGUAUGUUUUCUCAGUUUUCUGAUGAACAAAAAACAUCUGUCAAAUGAUGAUAACUGGGUGGCUAUUCCAGUCCAAUAUGAUCGGCUUUAUCGAGAAAUCUAUUUUAUGAUUAAUAUAGAAAUUACAGCCUGCAGAGCAUACUGAGACAUGGAUCAAAAUUUUUAUAAAGGUAUUUAGUAGAGGAAAUACAUAAGUAAUGGAGUUACAUUGUUAAUGACUCAUGAUGGAUGAAAGUAGAUAAUAUAGGAGACACGAGCGACCUCAAAUGUUCGCCAGUAGUAACUUUGUAAAAUGUUUGUUUCUGUGAUUUUAUUAUAAGGUGCAUUCAGAAAGAAACAAGCCAGAGACUGUAAAGUGAAAACCACUGAAAGUAUCACAAUGCUAUUGCUUACAGAAGAAAGUGUGGUUCCUGUACGAAUGCUGAGACCCCAAGCCCAUUCCAAGAGGGGUAUGGGCACACAUCACAUGAUGACAAAGCGAGCACAUUCUUGUGUCAACCAUGCACCAAACUUAAUAGUGCUGAAAAUAGAGAAAGAGAGGCUUCAGAAGAAGAACAGAGGGGUGUUGUGUUUCCUUACGGCGAAAGGAGUGUGGGGGAACGGAAUUACAUUGGACAAUGGCACAUGUGUAUGGAUAGCACUGCAUGUCUAUUGCAGUUCGAAGCUCUGUGGCAGUGGCUGCCAACAUAAUUUGCUAGUCUUCAAUAAUGAGGGCAUCCACCUGCUGGACAGUAGUAUCGGUAAUGUGGUGUGGUAUUCCAGAUUGUACAUCACUGGCCAACUUCCUUCAUUCUUCUUUGAAUUGCUUUGCCAUGCCUUGACCAUUGUGACGGACAUGCCAUGCUCUCCAUACAUUUGUGUCAUUCUUUGAUGAAUUUCCACCCCUGCACUCCUUCUGAUGUCUUAAAAUGCACUACCCUCCUUUGAUCUUUCUUCUUCAGAAGUCUCUAUUCCACUGUUCUCAGCUAGACUAAGUGCAGUGGACAGUGAAUGUGUGUAAGUGCUUCCUCCGUCGUCACUUGGGCGUGUGCCUCUGUACCUCUAGUGAUGAGUGUGGUGUGUCAGCACUCUCGUAGGGACCACACCUUCUUCCAUAGGUAAUGGCAUUAUAAUCCCUUCUGCGGUUCUCAUUCUACAGCCUCUGGCUUGUUUCUUUUUGAAUGCAAUUUGUAGAUUUGUGCACCAAUAUUUGUGACAUUAGAAGAACAACUACUUACUCGCUGCUGAAGCAGGAAUAAUCACAGAAACACACAUUUAAAAACUCUAAUCUGCAAAUUGUGUAAUUUCUUAUAGAGGAGGAUGAAAAAAUGGAAAACACAAAUUAAAAGUUUUCAGGUGAUUUAGGGCAAGGAAUAGUUGUGUCAAAAUCUGUAUCUUGGUUAAUUUAAGACUCUUCCAUUGUUCUCUCUGACUGCUACAUGAUCAAUGAUGAUUAGGAGUGCCUUUUCAUCCUUUUUGGCAUUUUUACAUCUCAUGCUUGAAAACAUUUUUAAAAGUUCAGAAACCUUGACAUUCAAGUGAGUUUUAAAAGUUGUAUGUCAAUCAGUUUUAUUUUUCAUUUUUUAAUGUUAUAUUUGAUAAACUGACACUACUCCUUUUGCAAAUGUUCAGUCUCUUGACAUCUCAAGUGUGGGAUUGGGUCAUGAUCUUUAGACAUAGUUCUCUGCAUAACAUUUCCUCUACUGCUACAGAACAGACUGUGAGAGGCUUUAUUGUUAGGUGUUCUGAUUAUCCCUUCUUAGCUGCUGUCAGAUAAAUAAUACUUUGAACACUUUUCUGCUACAAUUGUUAAUAUUUUGCCAUAUUUUACUUUUUAAUUGCAUUUGUAAGGAAAUUGGACAAAUAUCUGCUGUUUGCUUUCAGACCAAAAUCUUCAGUAAUGUACAUGAUAUAUAAAGAAGAUAACUCUGUCAAUAGUUGAAAUAUUGUAUCCAAAAUGGAAUCAGUUGUGCUAGAUACUGAAAAACAUACCACCAAUUAGUUAUGCUGGGAAAGUCUCCUAGAAAUCAAACCAAAGCCUAUUAGAUCAGCAAGGUGAUGAUAAGCAAGAAGUUGAGAGAAGUGACAUGAAUAUGUAUAUGUAAACAGCGACCUAAGUUGAUGAUGUAUAAAAAUUUCUGUGGCCAAAAAGAAUCUAAAACCAAUAGAAAGGUGGUAGAUUUAAUUGGUUGAGUAUUAAUCCUUUCACCGGCGUGUUGGGAAAUGACGCAAAACCCGCAUGCAGCCCUAGAAAUUGACUUUCUCUCACAGCCAAAUCUCUCUCUCUCUCUCUCUCUCUCUCUCUCUCUCUCUCUCUCAAGUCAGGAGUAAGAAAUUAAACUCUUGUGUGUCUAAAUAUAACUUACACAUUUUUAUUGAUACAGUUUUACAAAAAUGAUUACUUAGAAUUUCCUCCACACCCCACCGGAUCAUAAUAAUGAAAUUACUAUGAAGCACAUUGUUUUUUGAUGAGACCAGUAUGUGGGAUGGGCAGCCUUGAUGGCCACACAUUGGAAAGACCACGCUGGAAAAUGCUCUUUUGGGAAAGCAACAAGCAUUAGAAUGGGACUGUGGAACAAUGCAAUUUCGACGCUUAGAGUAACAGAAACAGACAUAACAGAGAACAUUACUCAUCAAGACAAUGCAAUAUAAGAAACUGAUUUAAAACAAGUGAAGCAUAUGAAACUGAAAACUGAACCUGUACACAACACCUGACAUCUAACAAUUGCCACUCAUUUAUAUAUGGGUUUAUCAGUCAAAGGGUUAACUCGAGAGGCAAGUGAGAAGUACAGUGGCAGAAUAAACUCCAAAUAGGAAGUUGUUUGCUGUGGGAGGAUGGUUGAUGGUUGAAAAACUAAGAAGUUUCUUCCCUAUCUGUUGUCUUUUACAGUAGCUGGAGGUAAUUGAGUGCCACCAUACUGGAAUAAGAUAGCUACCAUUUAUUUAACACACAUUGAUUGAGAAUAAUGUCUUUUGUUGGGAAAUUUAGUUAUGCUUUUAUAUCUCAAAAUAGCCGCAUUGACUGUAAAACAGAUUGUUAUUCCACUGUUAGUAUGAAACACCGUUGUUUUCUCUCUUGCACUAUGCAUAUUAACCAUUAAAUUUGCUAUUUAAAUAUUAUUAUAAGAUUCAUUGUGUAUGGUUAUUGCCGUAUGUUAAUUGGAGCCAGAUCUUCCUGUAAUGUAUUGCUUCAGACUAACUUUUUUACUGUCAUUGUUACUAUUUCACCUUCGAAAGUGAUGACUGUUGGAGGUCGUUCAUCUGAGGGUUAUGCAACUGAAAUAUUAACGUCAUAAAUAUUGACUGUCCAUGCAGAAGUAUGAAGUAAAAAUCUUUGCAAGUUUUGUUGUGGUGGCGUUGAUAAUUGUCUUUCCAAUGCCUUUAACUUUUAUUUUCCAUUCUCCUAAUACUGGUCCCUAAAAUAUCACGGCAUCCAGUUUUUUUGUCAUGGUUAGAUAUUAUAAUCUGAUCAUGGGGCUCUCUUUUUCACUAAAACCUCAUGAAAGGCAAGUUAUUAAGCCAUACCAGCAAGCAGCAUAUAUCAUUAUUGUUAUAUUUUCAUCAUUACUACGCCAUGUAAGGUUUUUUCCAGGUUUUAAUACCAUUCAUCAGAGAUUUUUGCACUCCAUGCACAUUUUAUUCACUGUUUUCAGAUAAGGAAAUUAGCUCUAACCUGCAUAGUUCAUCUGGGGUUAGCAAUGGUUUUGCUCCAGCUCACUUGAGUACACUGCAGCCCACAAGAAAAAUGGGAAUCUUGUUUUAUACUGAGAAUCCUUAAAUGUUUGGUGUAAUCAAAGUUGCUUCAUUGAGGAAGAGUUUAUGUAGCUUUAUCCUCCAUUUUAAUACAAGAUGCUCAAAAAAUAAAGGUACAGAAUUCAAUAACAGUUCCUGUGACUACUAUAAUACUGUUUUCUUUUACUAGGAAUCAGGAGAGUUCUAAUGGUUGGUACAGUUGUCCCCCGUCCUGCAAACCUGUUGAGUCAGAUAUAGCAAGCCAAGAAACAAAAAUUAGUGUGCAAAUAAAUGUUUCCCAGAUUUGUUGGUUUUUUUCUGGUAAUAUGGCAACUUGUAAGUCGGUCAUUCUUCACCAGUAUUAGUAAGUGAAAUAUUCAAAGAAGAACUAUUUUAUAUUCUUGUUGGAGGUUUGUCUGACUUUUGAUAGAUUUUAGCACUCCCUUUAUUGUUCAGCAUAUUUUGAUAAUUAUACUAUAGCUAAAAAAAAGAGUUUGCUGUUGUUGUUGAUAAACCAAUAUGUGCUAGUGGUGAGCAGAUGUUCAGCCUCAAUUCCAUCCUCAUACUAUGCACAACAUUUGUUGUGAAUGGCUACCAAUGAAAUUUCAUUGGGCUUUUGUUGUCAUAUUCUGUUAAAGAGUUGGCAAAGCUGCUAGUUGUAUGUUGUUAUAAUGUAACUUCGUUUUCACAACAUUUAUCACUGUAACUGAGUUGAUGAAUGUAUGGUAAGAUGUGGCUGGAAUGACCGAUUCCCAUUUAUACUGUUUGAUAUUAUGAUGAUGCUGAUAUUUGUUAUUCUAGGUUAUAUGGAUUGCCAAUGUUUUUAGUUGCUAUUUAUUGGAUACAUGUGUUACAUGAUUCUUUUGUUGUAGUUCUCUUGAUUUAAUUUGUAUUUGUACAGUUCAUCUGCAUUUGCUUGUCUUCACAACUGACAGAUUGAAACAUAGGCAUGUGUGCAACAGAUAUGCAGUAUUAUUUGUUAUAAAUGUUGAAUGCUGAAUUAUUUUGCACAGCGUGAAUAUAUUACUCCUGAUACCAUAUCAACUAAUGAAGUUCCAUCUCUGUUUCAAAAAUUUCUUGGUUCUCUGUGACUCCAGUUCAUGUAUAAUAUUGUUGUGGUAUAUAAUUUUAUCCUCCUCAGUGUGUAGCUUUCACUACACUAGACGUAGUAGUUACUACCUGUAGACAGAGUUUCGUGAGGUGGUGGGAGCGGGGGUGGGGUGCGCGUGCACUUACACACACACACACACACACACACACACACACACACACACACACACACACACACACAUACAUACACAUUCUCAUAGUCUGGUUGUUGUUGCCAUUCAGAUAAACAGUUUGUUCCUUAUUGCUGCUCCUAGGUUCUAUAACCCCUGGCCAAGUUCCAGUUCUCCAAUAAUUACAGUGUCAUUCAAGCUUCUGCUCUUCCCAUGAUUUGUCCUAUCUUUCCUGUGCCAAAGGCAAAUUCUUAGUUCUAGAGCAUUCAUUCAGUUUCUAAUACCGGGUGUUGGUAGAUAACGAUUAACUUAGAGUUAUCAGAGAUCAAAACUUCCAUGACAUCAUUACCCAUAUAAAUGCUGUGUGACUUCUUACUAACACCCCUCCUCCGCUUGUCACCACCACCACAAACAAAUGACUUGUAAAACCUGUCAUCAUUGUGUUAAUUCAGUUUUUGAGCCAGUUUUAUUAUUUACUUUGCCGAUUUGAAACUUCCUACAUUUUCUUUAUUUUGCUACCUCCAGAAACAUUUCUUCAGAGUAGUAGAAUUGUUUCAUGUGUUCACAGUUUGCAACAUUAUUUUUUUCUCUAAUUUCUAUAUUGUCAUCAACUAGACGUUCUCCCCAAUAGCAUAUGGUUGUCUUCAUUUGCAUCCCUCAUUUUUGGGACUCCAGGUCUCUGUUUCUUAUUAAUAAUUUGAAGAACAACAACCAUUAUAGAGUAAAUUUAUUCUCCUUGCCUUAUGUGUACCAAGUAUAUAUCCUAAAACAGCACAAAUAAGUUUAGGUGCAGUGGCCAUGUUGUUGUUUUCCGUUGGUCUUCGUCAGCUCUGAUGUGGCAGUAUCAACGUCAUGCAUAUAUCUCCAUAAGGAUAUUUGCAAAGUAGGAGAGAACUACUGGAGAUGCUAGUAUUGUCUGUGACUUGUGAUUGUAUAGAUUAGCUAUAGAGUCUUGCUGACAGAAAGUAGUGAUACAGGUACAGAUCUUAGUUUGACACAUUAUUUUAAUCUGUCCAGAUGUUCAUUUCUGUGCAAGAUACAGUCUUGGUAACACUUCCAUAUAAUGAUAGAUACAGAAAAUGAUAUUUAACAAUUGAACAAUUUUUUUUUUAAAGAAAUUUCCGCCAUUGACUGUAAGUUUGUAUUCAUUUAUGUCAUACAAUCAUGAUUUCGGCUUUGUAGCCAUUCUCAAGUGCAAUUUGAAAUCACAAAAAUAUCUGACCUUCCUAAAUGACAUGUCAGUGUCAAAAUAACAUUUAUCUGGUCUUAUAAACUGGUCAUUAUAUUAAAGGAUAUGAAUACAUAUCAAAGACACACAGUAUAUGUAUGGUACUCAUGUCCUUUAAUGUGAUGACUGUUUUAUAAGACCAGAUUAGUGUUUCUUUGAUGAUGGCAUAUCAUUUAGACAGGUUGGACAGUUUUUUAUAUUUCAAAUUGCACCUGAGAAUGGCUAUAAACCCAAAAUCAUGAUUGUGUGAAACGAAUUAAUGCAAAUUGACACUUAGACAGAAGAAAUUUCUUUCAAGAAGUUCUACUUGACUGUGGUCCCCAAUGAAGGAAAAAUCAUUAAUUCAACAAAGGUAUGGAACACUGAGAGUAGUUAAUAAUUGUAAUUUGAAAUUUUCAAAUGAUUCAGCCUUUUAGUGCAUUCCAGUCCAUGAUGUACAAAAGUUUUUUUUAAACAUAUCAUUAGCAUAAACAAGUGUUCAUUCUGGGUAAUACUGAGGAUAAAUUACCCACUGAACAUUACUGUACAUCAUUGUCAUUCAGCUAUUUGCCAUCAGUAAUUAUAGUGGCAGUGUUUGCUGAAGACAUUUAAAUAUUAAUUUCCAUCUUAUUAAAUGAUAAUUAUUUUCUUUCCAUGUUUUCUUAUACUUUGUACCCUGUCAUAGUUUGUAUUUCAGCCUCGUAGCCCUUGGUACCCAGUUUUACAAAAGUCCAAAAUGUUUGGACUGUUUUAAAGCUUACAGUACAUUUAAAUUUCUGACUUAUAUUCCCUUUAUUCAUUUGAAAUGUAACAAACUUGUGAAAGUCAUUUUAAUUAAAACAGCAUACAAACUAAUCAAUCUACCUCAAAAAAUGAAACUGAUCUUGUUCUUUUGGUUGGAAAAAAAAGGGGGGGGGGGAGGGUGAGGGUGAGCCAUGUAGGAUGAUGUAACAACACUUUUAUUUCGUGACCUUUUCAAGGUACAGAAAUGAGGUUUUCAGAAGAUGACAGUACACAGAGGUACUAUGAAAAGAGAUAUUGAAACAUGUUAUGGUGUGCUUCUUUUAACAACAUUUGAAAAUUUUUGAAAGUACGACGAUUAAACUCUCAUUGGUGUUGAAACUUUUGACUAAAAUAUACCAGAAAUGUGCUAAAAUUGAAAGACAAGAUAGCUGUGAUUGGCUGUUGCACUAUAAACACAAGGGGGGUCUGUUAUGUUAGGCUCUGCCAUAAUAUGCAGAUAGAAGACAAGCCUACACUGCUAAGAUGAAACAUGUUUCCUCUUGAUCUUAAUUUAUUUUACAUAGAUACAAUAUCAACCUCAGUUGUUGUAAGUGGAGCUACAUUCUAACUUCUAGCCUGUCGGGAGGGGUUGAGUAAAACUAUUUCAAAUGUGUGUACAUACUUGAAUAGAACAACAUAUGUGGGAACAGUUAAAGGGCUAGAUAUGACAGUGGAGCCUGGCAUGAGAGCCCCCUUAGCAAUGUUUACACCACAGUUGACAAAUUCUAGACACCUCAUCAUUUAACUUUAGCACAUUUUUUGGAUAUUUUUCCAAAAAGUUUCAUUGUCAAUAUGAACAAGCAUUACAGCCCUAUAUUCAUCACCCUGCAUAUGAAAUGGUAAACUGUGUAAAAUGCACAACAAACAAAAGAUAUGUUACACACUCUACCACUACACAUCAUCUGUGUAUAUUGAUUAGCUCUCAUUCAUAAGUUGAAAAUGUAUUCAUGGAAAAUGAAACUACAGAUAAAAUUUAAAAAACCAAGACAAAAAGUUCAUAAAUAAGCUAUGUGAAUAGGAAAUAUUACAGGAUAGGUAUCAAGAGUUUAAAUGCUUUUUUUUUUCAAAUUUGCAAAGAAUAUGUUGAUGGCAAUUUUCUUCAGUCAGGCAGCUGUGUUCACAGGUCCCUGAGAUAUGUAUUUAAUUAUGAAAAAUGAAUGUAUUUAAAUGAAUUUUCAAAAUGCGUAACAGCAUGUCUUCACAGGGAAAAUAGUUUGCCUUUUGAUAAUCUGAGCAUGAUGCAGUGAAUGACUGAUAAUGCUUUUGAAAGGACUUUGUAUUCAUAUGAAACAUUUCACAGGCUCUUGUUUCGAUAUAUAUCACAGUCUCAUUUUGUCAGAGCUAAUGUAAUCACAAAGUACUUACUUUUGUAAAUUAUUUGUAGGUUCCGAUGUGUAAAAAGGCAAUAUAUGUACUUAAAAUUAAUGUAACUUUUGAAUAAUAUUUUUGUGUAGAGGAGAGACAAAGAUAGAAGAAAUGACUUACUAGAAAUCAACUCUAAAAUGUAAAUGUCACAGAUUCACUAAAUUCAUGAUUUUCCUUUCUCUCCUCAUCCUCCCCCUCCUCCUUCACCACCACCACCACCACCACCACCUCUUCCCUUCCUCCUUCCACCUCCCCCCCCCCCCCUCUCUCUCUCUCUCUCUCUCUCUCUCUCUCUCUCUCUCUCUUGCAUAAAACCUCCUUACACACACACGCAAAAAAAAAAAAAAUCACCCUCUCAUUUUCAUAAUAUGUUCUUUCCCAUUCAUAGUAUUUGCACAAGUUGUCAUAUUGUUACUUGAUAGACAUCUAUGUGAACACUGCACUGAAAAUGGAAGCUUAUGUACCGGUCACUCAAGUACAUUGUUUUAUUAUUCUAUUGAUAUUUUGAAUUUUGUAAAGAAGAAAAAACAGUCUGUUCCUCUGUACUGAUUUUUAUGUACCUUAUUUAAGAACCUCAUUGGGAAAGUCUCAGGGGACUUUUCUUUCACGAAAAGGAAGAAAGAAAGAUAACAUAGAAUUUUUGAAAUGUCUCUGUGUGUAAAGUUCAAAUAUCUUUUGAUACAAUAAAGUUAUGUAUAGGUAUGCCUCUGAA